GACAACGCCAAGCUCUACUGCUCUGACGACUUCGUCCUGCUCCGAAGAGGUGCUCCGGUCAGGUCGGUAAAAAGUUGACAACUUCACCUCUGUAAUGUGUAUAUAAUCUAUAUGACAUAACAUAGAACCAAAAAAUUCACAAAUAUAUACUGUGUUUGAACGCUACAUUAAUAGAAACAAUAUUGAAACAUGUCAGUGGGUUUACCAGCUCAUAACAGCCGCUAACAGCUAACAAGUUAGCUUUUUUGUGUACCUACCCAAAGGAGCCUGCAUAUGUAACAGUAGAGAUGAAGUUGUUUAAACCUUAGCCCCAUGUUUUUGCCACUUUACUUUGAUAAACUCUGCUCUGAAGAAUUGCCAGCAUGUUUUUUUGUCAUUACAUGUGUAUUGAACGUUCAUCAUUAUAUUUAGAUAACUUUACUCUGAAGAUCUGAAAAGUGGUAACCAACAGGAUGUCUGAUGUGGCAAAAGACAAAUCCCAAAAAAGAGAGAAGAGGACAGGAAAGGUGUCUUCAGAGGGAAGCCAUGGAGUCAAAGGCAAUACAAGAACUAAGGAGUGAGUGUACAGAUAAUAUGAGUUCAUGUUUACCUGUAGUUAUAUCAUUAUAAGUUGUCCUCAUCACCUCUUGGGUGUUGAUUAAGAGCGAUAUUCAAACAACAUUCAGAAUAAAGUAUGUUUCCUAUCAGCUCUUCUUAUUUUCUUUUUGUUUUGACUUGUAUAAAAUCAGCAUCAGUGUCUCCUUAUCAUGUGUUUCAGUUCUAUCAGCACGGUGUCAUGCCUAACUGAGUUAGGGCACCAUGAUGAAAACAUUCGAAUGACUGUUACAAUGGAGAAUACCUACCAGAUGGGUGAGAUAACAGCCGCCUGAUGCACAACAGCUUCAUCACCAACUAAAGACACACUCAUGCUUUGAUCUUAAAUGUUUUGAUAUUUAUUUAUUUAUUUUAUUUUAUUUAAGUUUUCUCAUUUUCAUUUGAUUGACUUGUGCAUCCAGGUGAAAAUGUGUCUUGUUUAUUAUUAAAACAAGAAGUGUCAUGAGAAGAUGCAUUUAUUUGCUGUGGUAUUUUUGCUGCUUUUUUUCUUGCAGGACCUCACAAACGCUUCCCUGUCCCUGCUGUCACUGACAUUCUGAAGGAUGUACUCGUCAGUUAUCUCCAAGAGGAGAAAUAUGAAGUAGAGUGGUCUCAGAAAAUGACAAAAACAAUAUGUGAGGUGAGUAAGAUUGAAAAACAAAGACAUGCAGCUACUGUUGAAUACCUUGUAAGUUUUGAUCUUUUUUAAGUCAUCCUACCCUUCUUAGGUGAUAAGAGCCCGAGUCAAGGACCUGAUGAUUCCCAGAUAUAAGACUGUGGUCCUGGUCCACAUUGGCCAGCUGAAUGGGCAGAGCAUGCAGAUGAGCAGUCGCUGUCUCUGGGAUGCUUCCAAUGACACGUUUGCCUCUUACUCCUUCAAGAACAGCUCUCUGUUUGGUGUGGCAACUGUCUACGCUGUUUACUAUGAGUGACUCAAGCGGACAGACUCAUUUUAGUCACAGUUAGAAAAGAACAGCUGCUGUUCAAGAGUUAUUAUUUUUUUUCUGUUGUGUAUUUUGCCUUGUAAAAAAAUUAUAAACAGGAAUCAGCGAGUAAAUUUCAGGGAGUUUUAUUUCUGCGAACAUUGAAAACAGAAUUAAAUUAUGAUUACAGUGUUAUCUUUUUAACUGAUUAAUGAAAAUAGUGAUUGACAUUGGGUCUCCUGGGGUGCUUCUCUCUAGCAGAGCGUGGAGAGGUCACUCUUCCGACAGCCCAAAUGACAGCACACUGAUAUUAGCGCUUGGUUUUGGUCUCGCUGAUAACGGUCCAUCAUGAGUCCCAAUGUUGCCUUCAGUUUUGGCUCUCUGCUACCUGCCAAGAAAUGCUUUAUUUUACCUCAUAUUACAGUUUUAUUUUUAGAUCAUUUCUUAGAUUUUAACUUAAAAGCCUCUUAAACUAUUUGACUUAUACUUACUGGUGUUUGAAGCCUCCUCAUCUCCCGUCAGUCUUUUCCACCUGGAUCCUCCGCAGGUAUACACCACUGCCCGUAAAAAUGCACGUCCACACAGCCUGAGUGCGUUUGUGUUAUCCGGCAGCUGAGCCUUUGCUACACACAACAUGCACAGCAGCAGAGCAGGCAGAAGUAGGGACUUCAUGUUGUUCAUUCUCAGGUAACACCUGUUCUGAUCUCCCCUAUUUAAUGGAGACUCCCAUGUGAUGUCAUAAACUUUCCCAA